CAGGGAAGGAGCCUUUGUGCAGAGCUCCUUCCACAGAGGCCGGUGGGGGGUGCGCCCGAGAGCGGGCGAGGCACACAGUCGGCGGUGUUGGCCAUCGAGGGGGCCAUAGUGUUGGCGGUGGUCCAGUUGUUGCGGGGAUCUCCCCUUUGUGGCUCCCGGCCCGGCCGCAUCGGCGGCGGCUUUUCUCGGGCCUUGCGAGGCGUCGUCGGCCUCUCUCAUUCAUCAUUCAUCAGGGCAGUCGCCCUCUGGUUUGUGGGGUGUCCGGGCGGUCCCGGAAGCUGGGUGGUUGUGUUGCUGCUCUGAUUAUUGCUUUUAUUGUUUCUCUGGCUUGCACUGUGGGAUCUUUUGGUAUUGGGCACAGCGGGGGAAAUAGCUGACUAACAAGCAGAAGGUUGCUGGUGGAAUCCCUGCUGCUCCCUGGGGCCUUGGGCCUUUUUGCGGGUGGUUAAGCUUGGUGGGGCUUGUUAGACCUUCUCUCAGGGGAUUGGAGUUUGGGGCAUUUUUUGCAGUGUGGUGAUUUGCUGGCCAUAGCAUUACUGUUAGUCUGUGGGGCUUGUUAUUCGUUUUUUCCCUGCUGACUUAGUUGUUGGCUUUAGAAGAGCCAUGUUCUUUUCACUCCCAGAGGGCUGUCCUGGGUUUGUAAGGCAGUAUGCCGGGGAAAGCUAGGGGCAAGAAAGGGGGGCAGCCUAUCAGGCAACCCAAGAGGCCUGCCCCUCCGCAGUCUUCUUCAGAGGAGGAUGACGAGGAGAUGACUCUCAUUCGGGGGCUGAUUAGUAGGAUGGAGGCUUUGGAAAAAGCUAAGGCCGCCCCUUCCAACAAGGGUGCUGACCUUUCUGGUGGGGGCGGUGUGCCACCCCUUAAGGUUCCUCAGAGGACUAGGGGAUCUGUUAAGUUCCAGCUGCUAACCUCUCUCUCUAGUAGGUUGGAUGCGCUUGAGGAAGGACUGAAUCCUGCCAGACCAGGCCCUUCUGCACCUCCGUUGCCGCUUCCUGCGCCUGAGGUUCCGGUUCCAGAGGCGCCCGCGCCGUCACUGCCUUUGCCUGCUGUACCAGUUGGACAGCCACCAGUGGACCCGACUAGUCCUUCGGCCCCGGGUGCUGGCAGGGCGGCGGUCCCGGUCUGAGUCCUGAUGUGUGGCCAUUCGUUGGUCUUCUGGGCUUUCAAGUGGGCCAGCACCUCCCACUGGGGAUCCCAGCUGGGAUUGGGAAGCAGCGCUUCAGUUUAUUGGCUGGGCAUGCGAGGCAUGCUCUGGAAUCAGUUGCUUCCAGCGUUAAGGGACCAUUUAGAUAGGUUCCCCAUUCCGGAUAUUUUGGUUUUACAUCUAGGGGAGAAUGAUUUGGGCCGGCGGACUGGCCUCGCCAUUUUUCAGCAAGCCUCCUCGGAUUUGGUGACGUUACACAGGUGGAUGCCCGGUGUGCGCAUAAUCUGGAUUAACUGGCUUCAGCGCAGAGUAUGGCGCGGGGCUCAAUCUUGCCUAAGCUUGGAAAAAGCGCGUAGAAAAAUUUCGGCCGCAAUUGGAAAAAUUGUAAUAGCAGCCGGGGGGUCAGUUGUGCGGCAGCCGGAUUUAACUGCUCGCUUUCCUGAGCUAUUUCGCCCCGACGGGGUUCAUCUUUCGGAAAGGGGUUGUGACUUGUAUCUGCGCAACAUCCAGGAGGCCAUUGCUGAAAGGUUAGGCAGGCGUGGGGCAGGAAGGUCAAGCGAGGGCUAACCUUCCUUGGUGGCAGUAACAGUGCGGGCUGUGGGGUAAGGUGGUAUAGAUUAUCGGUGAGCACCCUUGGAUAUUUUAAGGUGGAUUGGUCAAUCGCUUCUUUGUGGCCUGUGCGGCACGGGAAGACUUCGAUUGCCAAGAAAACAGCUUCAGGACUUCACCAACCUUUGGGCUGUGCGGUCUGGCGGGGUAAAGAUCCGAAGCUGUCCAGAUCCCCUCUUUUAAAGGGGGUGGUUGGCUUUGAAGGAAUUGGGCGGGAUGUACCUGCCUCUUUCCUGAGCCAGGGCGUGUCACCCUUUCAGGUGACGGGUAGGAUGAUGGAAUCCUAGCCUAUGCCUAGGUGCCCGCACUGUUUCAUGUUGGUGAUUAAUCACCUUAUUUUCAGUCCGCCAUGCCUGUUGUUAUAUUAAUAAAGCGUGGCCCAUUUCUCCCAUUAUAUAUCUCUCUGUGUCUUCUUGGGCCGGGGUCUGGGCACAAUCCCCCUCCCCUUGCCUUGUGCAAGUAGGAGGGUGUUUGUCCCAGCCUACGUUCCACGAGGCCCAGGAAGCAGCCCUAUUGGCUGAUCGGCCUUUGGUGGGCGGGGCUUUGGCCUUAGCUGAGCGUUUCCCCGCUCAGCUUCUCAGUCCGUUUUUCGGCUUCCCCUCCCUCCCUCCCUGAUGCAGAGCGGGUCUAGUGACUGGUCGCCUUAGGGGCCGAGUAGGAAUUUUUUGCUCUCAACUUAUUGGCUGUUGUUGGGUAUUUUUCCACCUACUCCGUUCUGUAUUCAGUUGUUAGUCAGGUUUUUAGGUUGGCCAUGUUGGCAGUAACAGUGCGGGCUGUGGGGUAAGGUGGUAUAGAUUAUCGGUGAGCAUCCUUGGAUAUUUUAAGGUGGAUUGGUCAAUCGCUUCUUUGUGGCCUGUGCGGCACGGGGAGACUUCGAUUGCCAAGAAACCUGCUUCAGGACUUCACCAACCUUUGGGCUGUGCGGUCCGGGGGUGGGUGGGUAAAGAUCCGAAGCUGUCCAGAUCCCCUCUUUUAAAGGGGGUGGUUGGCUUUGAAGGAAUUAGGCGGGAUGUACCUGCCUCUUUCCUGAGCCAGGGCGUGUCACCCUUUCAGGUGAUGGGUAGGAUGAUGGAAUCCUAGCCCAUGCCUAGGUGCCCGCACUGUUUCAUGUUGGUGAUUAAUCACCUUAUUUUCAGUCCGCCAUGCCUGUUGUUAUAUUAAUAAAGUGUGGCCCAUUUCUC